AUCCCAGCCCCUCUGCAUUUCCAGCCGGGGCAGUAAAACUUCACUUUUUGCUGGCUUUAUCGGUGAGGUGCAGAUGAGCUAAGCAGGGGCCGCGAAAGGCCCUGGGCCCGGGGAGGGCGGGUUUACGGUAUGGUUGUUCCUGAUUGGCUCUGCCGCCGCCACGCAGCAACCCUGAUUGGAUGUUAACUUUUCUUUCCCGCUCACACCCUCCACCUCCACUUUGGACCCGGGGCUUUCCCGAGCCCACGCCGCCCCCCGUGGAGCAAAAAACCUCAUCCCCAGAGUUCACGCUUACCCACAAGUGGGCGGGACUACAGCGGUGAGGUAUCCGUGUAGGGACUGCAAGAAAGAGGUAGUCAGAUGUUCCACGUGCGAUGUCUGGUAACGUCCUGGCAGUCAUCGGGCAGGUGGGCACAUGAAGGGGGUGGGUGUUAAAGCUUGGAGUCCAGAUGCGAGGUCCAGAGGGUCACAGCUGGUCUCUUGGGCUCGCGCGGCUGCAGAAUCAAGGCCCCGCCGCGGACACCUGCAGGCCAGGGCCCCGCUGGCCGAGCGCACCGCUCGCGCCGAGGCGCUCGGGAGAGGCAGGCGCUCCCCGGCGCCUAGACACUUGUCCGCUGCGCGCUGGGUAAAUGCAGACCCCGAGCCGAGCCGACUCCAAUUUAGACGCUCGCCAAGGCUGCGCGCACGCACACGUGUCCCCGACUCGCUGGCACUUUGGUCCCCGCCUCCUCCGUCGCGUGCCGAAGCGGAGCAGGAGGAGGACGCCGGGUGUGGCUGUUAAUCCUCAGCUCCGUAUGUUCAAAAGGAGAAGGAUCCGUGAGAGGAGUCAACCCCCUCCCAUGCUGCGCUCCCCCAAAUCUCUCUUCCUCCUCGAAUCAAUCUCCGCCCUAAGGGGCGUGCUCUGGGAGGAGCUAAGGGGAGGGGCGUGGCCUGGAGUCCAGCACUGAUUCCUAGCAUCCACACACGGGUGGGUGGGGGUUUGGGCAGGGCAACCCAGCAGCCCCCACCUCCGCGUCGCGGCCGGGUAUGACGCGGGAGAGCGUAGUCGCCCCCAGAAGGCUCCAGGCAAUCGGGUUGACCUCCGCGUAGACUCCGGGGGUCGCUCGCUCAUCGCCUUCACCAAGGCCGGGAGCCCGGUGCACGCUCGCCUCCAGCCCCGCUCCCCGCCGCCGCCGCCUCUGCCGCCGCCCCCUCCUUGGAAACCAAGUUACCAACGUUUAAACCAAUCCCCGGGCGCAAGCCUGCCUCCCCCACACUCCACCCGCCGCGCCGUCCUCUAGCCCAGCUCGUCACUCGCGCUCCCCUCGCCUCCUGCGCUUCCCCCGCGGCGGCGAUGCCAGGGCCUUCGCCAGGGCCGCGCCGGGCGCUACUCAGCCUCUGGGCUGCCCUGGGCCUGGAGAUCCUCGGCCUCACAGCGGUCGCGCAGGAGCCCUUCUGGGCGGACCUGCAGCCCCGCGUGGCGCUCGUGGAGCGCGGGGGCUCGCUGUGGCUGAACUGCAGCACCAACUGCCCUCGGCCUGAGCGCGGUGGCCUGGAGACCUCUCUGCGCCGCAACGGGACCCAAAGGGGAUUGCGCUGGCUGGCGCGACAGCUGGUGGACAUCCGCGAACCUGAGACCCAGCCCGUGUGCUUCUUCCGCUGCGCUCGGCGCACGCUGCAGGCGCGCGGGCUCAUCCGCACUUUCCAGAAACCAGAUCGCGUAGAGCUGGUGCCGCUGCCUCCCUGGCAGCCGGUGGGCGAGAACUUCACCCUGAGUUGUAGGGUCCCAGGAGCCGGACCCCGCGGGAGCCUCACGCUGACCCUACUGCGGGGCGCCCAGGAGCUGAUCCGACGAAGCUUUUCGGGGGAGCCGCCCCGAGCGCGGGGCGCGGUGCUCACGGCCACGGUGCUGGCGCGCAGGGAGGACCAUGGCGCUAAUUUCUCCUGCCGAGCGGAGCUGGACCUGCGGCCGCACGGCCUGGGGCUGUUUGAAAACAUCUCGGAGCCCAGACAGCUCCGAACCUUCGCCCUGCCUCCGGAGCCCCCGCGUCUCCGUGGUCCCCGGCUCUUAGAAGUGGGCUCAGAAAGGCCGGUGAGCUGCACUUUGGACAAACUCUUUCCUGCCCCAGAGGCUGGGGUUUACCUCGCGCUGGGAGACCAGAGGCUGAAUGCUGAUGUCACCCUGGAGGAGGACGCCCUCACGGCCACUGCCACAGCCACUGGUACCGCAGAGCAGGAGGGCUCCAGGCAGCUGAUCUGCCAAGUGAAUCUAGGGGGCGAAAUCCGCCAGGCCCAGGAAAACGUGACGGUCUACAGCUUCCCCGAGCCACUCCUGAAUCUGAGCGAGCCCAGCGCGCCUGAGGGGCAGACGGUGACAGUAACUUGCACAGCUGGGGCGCAAGCUCUGGUCACGCUGGAGGGAAUUGCAGCUCCUGCUGCGGGGCAACCUGUCCAGCUCCAGCUCAAUGUGACCGAGAAUGACGACGGGCGUGGCUUCUUCUGCUACGCCACCCUCGAGGUGGACGGAGAGACGCUUAGCAAGAACGAUAGCACUGAGCUGCGCGUCCUCUAUGCCCCCCGGCUGGACGACUCCGACUGUCCGCGAAACUGGACGUGGCCCGAGGGCCCGGAGCAGACGCUGCGCUGCGACGCCCGCGGGAACCCGGAGCCUUCGGUGCACUGUGCGCGGCCCGACGGUGGGGCAGUGCUGGCGCUGGGUCGGCCUGGCCCGGUGACGCGCGCGCUGGCGGGCACUUACCGCUGCACUGCCGCCAGUGCGCAGGGCACGGCCGUCAAGGAGGUGACGCUGACCGUGGAGUACGCGCCAGCACUGGACAACGUGGACUGCCCGGAUCGCAUGACUUGGGUGGAGGGAACCGAGGCAUCUCUGAGCUGUGCGGCACAUGGGGUCCCGGCCCCCAACGUGAGCUGCGUGCGCUCCGGCCAGGCGGACGCGGUGGAGGGGCUGCUGCUCGUGGCCCGGGAGCAUGCAGGCACCUACCGCUGCGAGGCCACCAACACGCGAGGUUCUGCAGCCAAAACUGUGGCCAUCACGGUGGAGUAUGGCCCCAGCUUUGAAGAGCCGGGCUGCCCGAGCAACUGGACGUGGGUGGAAGGAUCCGGGUCGCUGUUCUCCUGCGAGGUGGACGGGAAGCCGCAGCCCAGCGUGGAGUGCGCAGGCUCCGAGGACGCCAAUGAGGGGGUGGUGCUGCCGCUGGUCUCCUCCAAACCCAGCCCCCGAGGCCCCCCUCCCCCUAGUGACCUGCCACCCGGGGUCUACCUCUGCAACGCCACCAACCCCCACGGCUCCUCGGUCAAAACCGUGGUCGUGAGCGCGGAGUCGCCGCCCCACAUGGACGAGUCCACCUGCCCCGGUCACCAGACGUGGCUGGAAGGGGCUCGGGCUGCCGCGCUAGCCUGCUCCGCCCGGGGCCGCCCGUCCCCACGCGUGCUCUGCCUGCGCCAGGGCGCACCCCGGCCGGAGAGGUCGCGCGUGUCCCGGGAGGACGCGGGGAUCUACCGCUGUGAGGCCACCAAUGCGCACGGCUCGGACUCCCGGACAGUCACCGUGGGCGUGGAAUACCGGCCAGUGGUGGCCGAGCUGGCUGCCUCCCCGCCCAGCGUGCGGCCGGGAGGGAACUUCACCUUGACCUGCCGCGCCGAGGCAUGGCCUCCUGCGCAGAUCAGCUGGCGCGCGCCCCCGGGGGCUCCCAACAUCGGCCUGUCCAGCAACAAUAGCACGCUGAGUGUGGCAGGCGCCAUGGGCAGCCACGGCGGGGAGUACGAGUGCGCGGCCACCAACGCGCACGGGCGCCACACACGGCGCAUCACGGUGCGCGUGGCUGGUCCCUGGCUGUGGGUCGCCGUGGGCGGCGCGGCGGGGGGCGCGGCGCUGCUGGCCGCGGGCGCAGGCCUGGCCGUGUACGUGCGCUCCACCGCCUGCAAGAAGGGCGAAUACAACGUGCAGGAGGCCGAGAGCUCGGGCGAGGCCGUGUGUCUCAACGGCGCGGGCGGCGGUGGCGGCGGCGAGGCGGGGGACGCAGCCACGGAGUCCCCGGCCGGGGGCGAGGUCUUCGCCAUCCAGCUGACGCCCGCGUGAGCUGCUCCCCUGUCCCCGCGGGCCGGGGCCGCCCCCACGCGCCACAGGGGGGUUAUUAUUGUUCUAUUUAUUCAUUUAUUUAUUCAACUCCAGGAGCGUCACCCCCAUUUUCUACCCAGCUCCCCCAAUAAAGUUUUUAUAAAGGA